AAGGUAAUGAAAUGAUAAUGUGUGUGAUGUAGAUUUUACCAGACUUUUAAUUCUGUUCUCUGUAUCUGCAGCGUUUUCAGGCUUUUACUUUCAGUAUUUGCAGGCCUCAGCUCCAUGGAUCAGAAAGCUGUCUGAUAACAACCUAUAACCGUGUGUGUGUGUUUAUUACCCUACCUCAGUACCCCUACCCCUCUGCAGAAUAAACAGGUAGACAGUGAAAGUGAAAGUCAGUCUCCAUUUUGUGUGGAGGGGAAAAUACACCAUUUCAGGAGUAAAAACACAGUUGUUUUAUGACUUGAUACCGUGACUAUUUCCUGUAAGUGAACUCUGUGCUGAUACAGGGUUUGAUUUAACACACCGAUGUUGGAGUGAAGUAAACGUGUGUCCUGCUGUAAUCUGGAGAAGGAGACAUGAACUCCAACAUGAGUGUGUCUGGAGAACAGGACUUAAAGAGAGACGAGAGAAUGAUGGAGGGAAAGAGAUCAGACUCACCAGAACCCAGCUGUGUGUCCAUGAAGAGUGACGCGUCAAUGGAUCUCCCAUUUACCUUCAGUGACGGAGCCAGUUCUCCUGAUGUGAGACCACAACAGAAGACAUCAAACCUCAGCAGAAAUCAGUUGGACUCCAUAUUCAAGGAACUGGAACACAAAGUCAUCUCUCUGAUAAAGAAUGAGCUGAAGAGGUUUAGGAAGCUCCUGAGUCCAGAUUACCCAGCAUGCACUGAGAGGGAGGAUGAGGAGGAUCUGCACAGUGUCAGAGACGGAGCGCUGAAGAUCACACUGCACGUCCUGAAGAACAUGAACCACACAGAUCUCGCUCACACACUGCACAACAAGUCUGUGGCCUCUGUGUAUCAGACAAGUGGGAGGAAAGAUUCUUCCUGUGCAAGGUGCUGCUCUCACUUCUUUCAGCAUAGCUCCUGGUCUCAGAACAGGUUUAGUUCAUCGUUGCUGGUGUUGUGUAGAGGAUGUCAUAUUGUGAAAGUCACAACUAUCCCCGCUCAAGGUCUUGUGAAAUAGUUGACCUUGUUUGUGACUAUAUUCACCGUGAUACUUUCAGCGGUUACUACAUUAGUGUCCUUAAUUUUUUACUAUUUAAAGAUUGUUUCAAAGUUUAUUACAGGCUCAAUGAAUGUUCUUCUCCUUCACUAGAAGAUAAAGGCCCGGUUUCACAGACAGGGUUUACAUUAAGCCAGGAUUAGGCCUUCGAUCAAUUAGGACAUUUCAGUAGCUUUUAUAAACGUGUCUUAGAAAAAUAUAUUUCUGGUGCACAUCCUGAGAUAAAACAAUGGCACUGACGUGUUUUAAGAUCCAUCCGUGCAAGUAGCUUUCAGUUAAAACAUCUCAGACAUACAUUUUAGUCUGGGACUAGGCUUAGGCCUUGUUUGUGAAACCAGGGGAAAAAGAAGAAGGGUGUGCUUUAUUAUGCUCUCUGCAGAAUAUGACAGAAGAAAUGUGACCCACACCUAUAGCUAUAAAAAGCAGGUAGAACUGCAGUUAGCCUCAAAUGUGUAGCUGGGCUGGAAAUUUAUUUUUGUAUGCAUGUAUAAUUUUUUUUAUAUUACAGAUGAACAAGCAAACAGAUUUAAAGGCUGUUGUGAAUGAUGGGUUACAGAAAUGUCUUCCUGUGUUUAUUAUUAUUUAAGUUAUAUAUUCUGAUUUGUAAGCAAGAUUAUGAAGUCUCCUUUUGCUAAUCAUUUUACAGCAUUAUUAAAAAGUCCAUGUACACAAUGUUUAUCCCGAGUGCCUUUUUGAUGUAUUUUAUUAUCCUGCACAAAGCA